UUUGGUCGGCUUUGAAGAAUUUUUUUAUGUAAACAUUAGGUUUAAUUGUAUUAUUUUGAUAUCUCUAUUAUCGUAUUAUUUUGUUAUAUAUAAUACAUAGAUGAAUGUUUCCCUGAAACUAGCCAAGUGUUUGGUUUGGUGCUAAAGAUGUUUAUUUCUGCAGUUUCAACAUUUGGAAAGAUGUUCAUAUUUGAUCGUACAUUUGGAUGCAAAAUAUGGAAAGAUUUUCACAACUGAUCGCGUAGACAACCGUUAUGAUAUAACUAAAAUGCUGGCAUUUUUGUAUGAGAAAAAUAUGAUAUGACUAAAACGAUGGUAUUUUUGUUUGAAAAAAAGACAUUAUUCAGUUUUCCUGAAAUGCAAAACUUGGCAAAAUGAAGGAAAUAAUUUAUAAUUAUACAUAUCGAGAUCAAACUUUAUUUUAAUAAAAUUAAUAUUAUUUUUGAAAAAUAUACUACCUUCUUUCGCAUGACUUUUGUGUGAUUCAGCUCUGCGCACUUGUAUCUUCUUUCGCAUGACUUUGGUAUGAUGCGAAAGCGAUUUCGAAUGUAAAUAAUUUUAACCGGAUACUUCAAGGCUUCUCAACACUGCCAAACACUUACACUCAUGGCUGAAAGUUUGAAAUUUAAAGGACAAUUAGACUUAAAAGAAGAAAGUGAAUAAAUUUAGUGCAACUUUUGGUGUAGAAAACUUUCGGACAAAAGUUCAAAUGACUAGAGUCUAGACCGGUUUUGUCACUUGUAUCCUCCUCAAAAGUAAAGUUUUUUGGAAUGAACUUAUCCUCCAAUCAAUUAGGCUGAAAAUGACAUCAUGAUUAUGAAAUUUCAUCUUGUUUUCUUCCUAAAUCGUCCAUUUGUUUUAAUAAUUAAAUGUUAGAAACAUCACUAGCAUAAUGCCGUGGUCUAUAGGCUGUUGUUUAUAAAAUGAAAUUUUUUGUCCUUUCUUCUUUCAGAUCCUGUGAAUGACUGAAUAUUCAAAAAACAUGCUAGCCAAUUUCAAUAUUGUGGAAUUUUGCUCCCGAGUCUAAAUCAUAGUCAAUAUAGAGGUGACCAAAGGCGUAGGCAUGAGUAAUGGAAGUUAGUUUCUUCCUACUUUUUCUAUUGUCUUUCUACUCUUCUUACACAAAAUUUUCAAAAUGGGAAAGGAGUUUCUACAUUCCAAUAUUGGAUGUAAACUUUGUCAAAGAGACAUUAAGAGCCUUACAAACUUCAAAUGCCUGUUUACAGCCACCGUUGUCAAUGACUAUUCAAACAGAAUAAAUAUGGUGCCGUAAUACAAAUUUCAGAAAUGCAUUACUUCCCACUUUCCAGAAAGCACUACACUUAUGUCCAAUUUUGUCUAAAGACUACUACAGUAUAGGUGACUCAAGGCUUAGACAUCAGGGCAUCAUCUAUGGGAACUAGUUUCUUCCUACUUUUUCUGUUGGCUUUCUGCUCUUCUAUUCACAAUAUUGUUAUUACUAAAACUAGAGACUUAAUCAGUACAAAUCAAUUCAUCAAAGAUGGUGAAACUAUGGUUUCAUCUGGUGGAACCUUUGAGCUGGGAUUUUUCAGCCCCAGCGGUUCUCAAUGCCAAGAAUGAAAGUAUAUGGUCCACUAACACCUCAAGAUCAGUCCAAAAUCCAGUUGCAGUGCUUUUAGAUUCUGGUAAUCUUGUUGUCAAAGAUGCAAAUGAUGACAGCCCAGAAAAUUUCCUUUGGCAGAGCUUCCAUUUUCCAACUGAUACGCACAUGCCUGAUAUGAAGCUUGGCAAGAAUUUUAAAACUGGACACGAGGUUUACCUUUCAGCAUGGAAGAACGAUAAUGAUCCAGCUCCAGGUGAGUUCACUCGUAUCAUUGAUCCUACUGGAUAUCCACAAGUCCUCACUAAGCGAGGCAUAAGUGUAUCAGCUCGUAUAGGACCAUGGAAUGGUUUACGAUGGAGUGGGUCGCCCAUACCACUACUAGAAUGCUGCCUUUUUCAAUUUAUUUUCAAUGAGGAGGAGGUUUACUAUAGCUUUUCACUCAUUAACAGAUCGGUUUUAACAAGGCUAGUCCUGACUUACAAUGGUUACAUACAACGUUUGACGUGGGUGGAUCGGACAAAGAGAUGGCGCAUUUACUACAAUUUACCAGCAGAUAAUUGUGAUACGCAUAGUUUAUGUGGUAUUUAUGGGAGCUGUGACAUAGAUAAUACGCCGGUUUGUGGAUGUUUGGAGAAGUUUGUACCUAAAUAUCCACAACAAUGGGAAAAGGGAGAUUGGUCAGAAGGAUGUGUUCGGAGGACACCUUUAGAUUGCAACAAGGAACAUGUAUUUAUAAAAUAUUCUGGAAUCAAGUUGCCGGAUACUAAGCACUCUCAUUACGAUAAAACCAAGACACUUGAAGGGUGUAGGCAAGUAUGCGCCAGGAACUGCUCUUGCACAGCUUAUUCAAGUCUAGAUAUAAGCAACGGAGACAAAGGUUGCUUAAUAUGGUUUGGGGAAUUGACUGACAUCAGAAAGCUGUCUGAAAGAGGACAAGACAUUUACAUCAGGAUGGAUUCUUCAGAGCAAGAAUCUGAGGCAGGUUCAAAAAGAAAGAAGGCAAAGAUACUCGCAGUGAGUUUCUCAUUGUUGGUGGCAAUGAUUCUGCUAAUCCUAAUUUUCUUGCUGUACAAACGGAAAAAGAAGAAGAAACUGCAACUCAAAGAAGAUUUUGAGUUGCCACUGUUCCAAUUGUCAACAAUAACAAGAGCAACAGAUAACUUUUCUCCCAACAACAAGAUUGGAGAGGGUGGAUUUGGACCUGUUUACAAGGGAGUGCUGGAAGAGGGACAAGAAAUUGCCGUGAAGAGACUGUCAAGGACUUCCAUGCAAGGACUUGAUGAAUGCAAGAACGAAGUUAUCUAUAUUGCCAAGCUUCAGCAUCGAAAUCUUGUGAGACUUCUGGGAUGCUGCAUUCAAGGGCAAGAAAAGAUGUUGAUCUAUGAAUACAUGCCUAACAAAAGCCUGGAUUCACACAUAUUUGAUAAAACAAAGAGCAAAUUACUUGAUUGGCCAAAGCGGUUUGACAUCAUAAACGGAAUUGCUCGCGGAUUAUUGUAUCUUCAUCAAGAUUCUCGACUACGAAUUAUCCAUAGAGACCUUAAAGCAAGCAAUGUUUUGCUAGAUACAGAUAUGAAUCCUAAGAUAUCAGACUUCGGAAUGGCCAGAAGUGUUGCAGGAAAUGAGAUGGGAGCAAAAACACGCAAUGUGGUUGGGACACAUGGUUACAUGUCCCCAGAAUAUGCAGUAGAUGGGAUAUUCUCCGUAAAAUCAGAUGUGUUUAGCUUUGGCGUCUUGUUGUUAGAGAUUGUGAGUUGCAAAAGAAAUAGAGGAUUUGUCCAUGAAGAUCACAACCUUAACCUUCUCGGUCACGUAUGGAAGCUUUACAAAGAAGAUCGGUCCUUGGAACUAAUUGAUGAGCAGCUAACUAAAUCUUCCUAUAUAUCUCAAGUUUUGAGGUUAAUCCAAGUGGGUUUAUUAUGUGUGCAACAACAUCCAGAUGAUAGACCAAACAUGUCUUCUGUGGUUCAUAUGUUGGCUAAUGAGAGUCUACUUCCCAAAGCAAAAGAACCAGGAUUUUUCAUAGAACGAAAUGUAUUUGGUGAAGCAAAAUCAGGAUCGCAGACAGUUAGUUCGAAAAAUGAAGUCACAAUUACAUUGUUAGAUCCUCGGUAGAAUAUGAACAAGAUAACUAUCUUGACUUGUGUGCACAUGAACAGUAAUUUUAGAAAUAGCAUAGAACUGUGAUUCUUGAGUAAUACAACAGUAUCUAAAUUAGACAACAAUUUGGAUUUUUCCACCUGAA